AAGGUACCUAUGCCACCUCAAGCAGUACGUGCGUAACAAAUCACAACCAGAGAGCUCAAUUGCAGAGGGAUACUUAUCCGAGGAGAUUCUCGUAUUCUGUUCAAGGUACUUAGAUAAUGUCGAGAGUAUGAUUAAUCGACCAUCCCGUGUUGAUGAUCGACCGCGUGAAGUCAUGCCUGAUGAGAGUGCAACCAUGUUCCCAGAGGUUGGAAAGGCGGUCGGGGCUGCUUCUUUUUACACCCUCACACCAGCUGAAAAAUUACAAGCUCACCGUCACGUAUUGGUCAAUUGCCUGUCUGUGGAAAAAUAUCUUGAGUAAGUGCAUUUGAAAGUAUCUACUUCGUAUGAUUUUCUACGGUUGGAGAACCUGACGUGACAUUUUUGUGACGUUUGUAGUGAGUUUAGGGCGAUCACAAAGAGAAAGUUACGAAGUAGGACAAGGUCAGAGUCUCACAUAGACAGUGUUGUGCACAGAGAAUUUUCCGAUUGGUUCAAGCGUAAGGUUACAUUGGGAAGCAGCAUGCUUUCAAACAAAUUGCAGUGGCUUGCAUGUGGGCCCAAUGUUCAAGUUAGCCGAUAUACAUCCUACAACGUAAAUGGAUUUAAGUUCAGAACCCUAUCGAGAGAGGAAGGGUUGAAAACUCAAAAUAGUGGGGUGUAUGUCACUUCUGACACUAGGAGUUACGCAAGCAAGCGCGAUAGUAAUGUUGCCGUUGGUAGCAUCUCGUAUUAUGGAAAACUAUUGGACAUCAUUGAGUUAAAUUACAGUGGUCAAUUCACAGUCGUCUUGUUUAGAUAUAUCUGGGCAAACACCACAUCUGGCAGAGGUAUGAAAAAGGACUCUUUGGGACACACAUUGAUUAACUUCUCUCAUCCAAUUCAUACCGGUGAUCGAGAAGAUGAUGAACCGUAUAUUCUUGCAUCCGAGGCUCGCCUAGUGUACUAUGUCGAGGAUGACGCUGAUAAAGAAUGGAGUGUGGUAAUCCAUGUAAACCCAAGGGACAUGUUUGAAAUGGGUGAAGAUAUAGGACAGUGUAACUUCGAAUUUUCUCCCCAACCGAUUCUGACUGGGUUGGCUGAGUUUGACGUCGAAGGUUUGUCAUUGAGACGGGACGACGAUUUGGAGGAACCAACCACUGAUGCCAUCGAUAACUGCGACGAGGCUGCCUAUAUAUAGAUGUCUUCGGAGACUAAUUCUGGACAUGGGCGCUAUUUUUAUAGUGUAUAUCACUGUUGAGGGUUAUAAGAUCGCAUAAAUAUUAAUUAGCAUCUAGCAUGUAAUAGGUUCUUAGAACUUGGAUACACCUGAUGUAUAUUCCUAUUUAUUUAUAAUUAAUUUACCUGGAGAAUGUGAUUUUUUAAAC